UGUGACGGAGGAUUAGACAACAUCAGUGGAGUCAUGCUUCACACAGCCAUAUCAUGCUGGCAGCCAUUUCUAGGUCUGGCUGUGUUGCUAAUUUUCAUGGGCUCCACCAUAGGCUGCCCGGCCCGCUGUGAGUGCUCAGCACAGAACAAGUCUGUCAGCUGUCACCGGAGGCGCCUGAUUGCCAUCCCCGAGGGCAUCCCCAUUGAGACGAAAAUCCUGGAUCUCAGCAAGAACAGGCUGAAAAGUGUCAACCCGGAGGAGUUCACAGCUUUCCCUCUGCUGGAGGAGAUAGAUCUCAGCGACAACAUUGUUGCCAACGUCGAGCCCGGAGCCUUUAACAACCUGUUUAACUUGCGCUCCUUGCGCCUGAAAGGGAACCGUCUGAAGCUGGUCCCUUUAGGGGUCUUCACCGGGCUGUCAAACUUAACAAAGCUAGAUAUCAGCGAGAACAAGAUUGUCAUUCUGCUGGACUACAUGUUCCAGGAUCUGCACAACCUCAAGUCCCUUGAGGUUGGGGAUAACGAUCUGGUUUAUAUCUCUCACAGGGCCUUCAGCGGACUGCUCAGCUUGGAGCAGCUGACUCUGGAAAAAUGCAACUUAACAGCUGUACCAACAGAAGCCCUUUCUCACCUUCACAACCUCAUCAGCCUACACCUGAGACAUCUCAAUAUUAACCUUUUGCCUGCAUAUGCCUUCAAGAGAUUGUUCCACCUGAAAAACCUAGAAAUAGACUAUUGGCCUAUGCUGGACAUGAUCCCUAUCAACAGCCUGUAUGGCUUGAACCUCACCUCUCUCUCCAUCACCAAUACCAACCUGUCCACCGUCCCUUAUUCUGCUCUGAAGCACCUGGUUUACUUGACCCACCUGAAUCUCUCCUACAACCCCAUUAGCACCAUUGAGUCGGACAUGCUUGCCGAUGUGGUGCGCCUUCAAGAGCUCCACAUAGUUGGGGCCCAGUUGCGUACCAUCGAACCCCACGCAUUCCAAGGACUCCGGUUCCUCCGGGUGCUGAAUGUGUCCCAAAACCUGUUGGAGACCAUCGAAGAGAACGCAUUCCACUCCACCAAAGCCCUGGAAAUCCUCUGCAUAAGCAACAACCCGCUGGCUUGCGACUGCCGCUUGCUUUGGAUUUUACAAAGGCAGCCCACGCUGCAGUUUGGGGGCCAGCAGCCGAUGUGCGCCGGCCCGGACAGCGUCAGAGAGAGGCCCUUCAAAGACUUCCACAGCACCGCCCUUUCUUUCUACUUCACCUGCAAGAAGCCCAGGAUACGCGACAAGAAGCUGCAAUACCUGGUGAUCGAGGAAGGCCAAACGGUGCAGCUGCAGUGCAGUGCAGACGGCGACCCUCAGCCCACCGUCGCCUGGCUGACGCCGCGACGGAGACUGGUCACCACAAAAUCGAAUGGGAGAGCUACGGUGCUGGGAGACGGCACCCUGGAGAUCCGGUUUGCCCAAGAUCAAGACAGCGGGAUCUAUGUUUGUGUGGCCAGCAACGCUGCUGGGAACGACACCUUGUCAGCCACCCUCACCGUCAAAGGGUUUGCCUCCGAUCGUUUCCUUUAUGCCAACAGGACUCCUAUGUACAUGACAGAUUCCAAUGACACCAGCUCCAAUGGAACCAAUAUGAAUACAUUUUCCCUGGACCUUAAGACAAUACUGGUGUCGACAGCUAUGGGGUGCUUCACGUUCCUCGGGGUGGUUUUAUUUUGUUUCUUACUACUUUUUGUGUGGAGCCGAGGGAAAGGCAAGCAUAAAACCAACAUUGACCUCGAGUACGUCCCCCGUAAGAACAAUGGCGCGGUUGUGGAAGGGGAGGUCCCGGGACCACGCAGGUUCAAUAUGAAAAUGAUUUGAUGGUUGUGU